AUGUGGCAGGACGCCUUUGCCGCGAAAUACGAUGGUGUUGGCAAGUUUGGUCGCGAGGAGUGGGACAAACUUCUUGGACACUGCCAAGCUGUUUGCGAUUGGCCUGCUGUUGCUUUCGCCAAGGAGCUUAUCGAGGCCUAUCCUGAGGCCAAGGUUCUCGUCACCACUCGCAAUGUCGACACAUGGCACGCUUCCACCAUGAAGACUGUUGACUGGCGCGCAAACGAUCCCGAGCUCAAGAUGGUCUCGAGAUUCGACUGGGGAUCCGGCCUCUAUCAGCCCAUGUUGCGCAAGUUCUGGGAUGUCUUCUUUGGCGGUGACUUCGAGAAGAACGGAAAGCAAAAAUACAUCGACUACUACGAAGAGAUCAGAUCUCUGGUCCCCAAGGAGAACCUCCUCGAGUACAGAAUGGGCGAGGGCUGGGAGCCUCUAUGCGAGUUCCUCGAGGUACCCGUUCCCGAAGGCAAGAAGUUCCCCCACACCAACGACACUGAUGGAUUCGUCGAUCGCUGCCGUGCUCGCAACCGCGCUCAGAUGAUGAACGUUGCUUUCCGCGCUCUUGUCGUUGGUGGCAGUGUUGCUGCUACAGCCUUCAGCGCCGCCAUGACUAUCCGUCGCUUCGUUGGCUCAAGAGGCUCUCUCUUGGCUUAA